UCGAUUAUUUAUUUCACAAUUAAAAGAAAAUAUUUGUUUACUGAAAUUUUGUAGAUUUUUUCUUUCAAAAUGCCAACUUUAAACUUAAUUGACUAAAUUUCCUAAAAUAUGUCUUUUUAUGCCAUUAAAAAUAAAUAAGAAUUCUAUUAUAAGAAGCGUUAAAGAGCGGCAAUUACAUAUCCACUCUUAAAAGCUUAAUGCGGACAUAACAAAGUAAAGAAUUUGUAGAUUAAAGACUUCAAGUACUGAAUAUAUAUGAAAAAAGCUAGCACUGAAUAAGAACCAAAGCAAAAACAAAAUGCAAAGUACAAAAGUGAAACAAGAAAACGGUGGAAAAACAAAAAUGCUUUCAAUUUAACAUACGAAACUAACCCAGUGCGCGCUGUGAAAUGAUACAAUUCGUAAGAAGUGUAGCAGCAACAACAACAACAAAUUAACAAAUAAAAAUUUUAAAUUAAAUAAAGAGCAAAGUGACGAAAUACAGACAAACAAAAGCUGACAAGAUACAUUACUACAUUCUAGUGAAAUCCGACAGUAGCAACAGCCAAACACACGCAAGCGAACACAUUUGCAUAUGCACGAGCGCCUACUCACAUACAUAUGCAUACAACUUCGAGCAUAUUUACAAAUCUACACCUACAUACAAGUAUACUAAAGUGUUGAGGAAUUAGUAGCAGUAUAUAUGUGUGUAUGUGUGUUUGCACACAGCGGCGCGUCGAGUAGCGGGUGGAUAGGUAAGCAGCGAGUUUGUUAAAGGUGAAGACACUUUGCUGGGUUAUCUACGUAUGUGUCUAUAGAGUUGCAUGUUAGCCGGCAAAUGUGGGUACUGUAUGUGUCAUUGUGUUAUGUUGGGGCAUGAGGUAAAAUGAAAUGAAAUAUAUAAAUAAAACAAAAAAAUAUAACAAAAUAAAAAGCGAAUAAAACGUCUUGCGCGAAAACAAAACGGCGGCGGCGACGUCAAAUUGCAUAGUUAGGCGACAUAUAGUGCAUACGCGCACCCUACGAGCAUAAAACGAACAACAACAGCAAUUGAAAAGUGUAACAAUUGCCGCGCAGCACACACAAUUCACCUGCAUGCACAUACACACAUGCGCGCACACAUACAUACAAGCACUAGCAACAGCAGCCGCACAAAAAAUUAACAUCUUUUACAACAAAUUCGGCGCACACACACCACCCUACACCACCCAAUCGACCCACUCGGCAAGCAUAACUAACGACAAACAAAAACAAGACACAAUACUACAAACUACACGACACACCGGCAAACAGCCGAAAUUUACUUUAACGAACGGGCGGACGAACGCUUACAACCCACUAGCAGCGGCUAGCAAGCCAGCCACGGCCGAGCAACAUAGCCGGCUAGCCAAGCAUCCACCAGCCCAACGCAUGCGGCGGACGCGCGCGCUCGGGCAUUAGCCAAGAAGCCGAAAAAAAGGCGAGCGGCAACGAAGCACGCGUCGAGAGUGAGCGAGUGGCGAGGUGGUGCGUAAAGGCACGCAUACAUUGACAGACCAUCAGCAAGCAGGCAAGCAGCAACCCACUAAACUGCUAAACUGCCAGCUUAGUGCGCCCCAAUAUGUGAGUAGUGACGGCGCUGCCGUUGUUGUUGAUGGUGGUGGUAUUGGGACGACGACGACGACGCUGUGUAUAUGUGGAGCAAAUGCUAAGCGCUGAGCGUGGAGCGUGAAACGGCUGCGUGUAUGAGUGUUUGUGUGUGCGCGCGAGUGUGAGUGUAUGUUUGUGGUUUGCCGCAUCGGAGCAGCUUGUCGUCUGAUAACUCAUUAGUAUGCCGACACGUUCCAAGCGGUACGGUGCGUUUCAUAAACGGGGUACGAACAACAGUAGCAGCAGCAGCAGCAGCGGCAGACGAAGCGUCCAAGUGGCAGACAAGUGACACAGGCAAAGUCAAAUUGCAAUUGUACAAGUCGAAGUCCAAAACGAAAUCAAAGCGAAUAGCAACAACAAUAAACCGACAAAUUUUUCAAUACAAAGCGCUAACGAAGAAUGAACGAAAUUUCAACACAAAUUAUAGCAGAAAAUUAGUAAAAAAUAUAGCGCGAAAAAAUAUCUGCUUAGAGCCUUUUCCGUUCGUAAACGAAGUUUAUUAGUAUUUUUUUUUUUGCUUUUUGAAAGUGCAAUUUGCAACUGUGUGUUGGUGCUUUCGUGCUUUUGUGAAUACGCAAUUCGAUUUUUGUUUUUGUUGGUAAAGCCUAUAUUUUAACAGCUCUGUACGCAGGCAAAUGCCUAAGCGGCCCAGACACGCGGUUCAAGUGGUAAAAGCGCGCGCACGCGGUUCCAAAGCUAACGGUGUGCAUCUAACUGGACAGCGCGUUCGGGUCAAGCGCGCCAUACCGCCCAAGUGAGGCUGUGCUAAGAUAACUAGCAGCGCAGCAACUGCAAUGUGUGCAAUGCCUCAAGUGCGCGUUGCGCUUAUGCGACGAACUUUUAAUGCAUGAGUUGCGCCGAUUCAAAGUUUCGAAAAAAAAUCCGAAAAAAAUUUCAUAAGUUAAAAAAAUAGUAAAUUGUAAAACGAAAAUUAAAUUGAAAAAGAAAAAAUCUAAAAAAAAACAAAAUUGUUUGUGCUAAUUAAAAUAUUAGUGUUCAAAAGUGAAUUUCGCAAAUUUUUUCCAAUACAAAAAUUUUAACUUAGAAAUUCCGAGCAACAACAAAAAAAGACACAAAAAAAGUUUGUGUAAAAUAAAUUCCAUAUGUUAUGUUAAAUGUUGCUUAAGAAGCCAAAUGAAAAAUAAAAGCGUGCACAAAUAAUCUGAAAGUGCACUAUAACUCGAAAGUAAAAGGAAAAGCAAAGUGCAAGCAACAACAACAAGCUGAAUUAAUAUUUGCUAUUUGUGUGUAAAAAAAAUAGAAAAUAAAAGCAGGCAACGCGAUGCCAGCAAAAUUGUCACGCGUUAAGCGUCUUUGUGAAAAUGUGAAAAUUCGAAAGAUUCCGCCCAAGUGUCUGCUCGCCGUAGUGUUUUGAGCAAUUGUGUAAUCAUUUGCGAAGAUUGGCUGAAAAUUUGCGAAAAAUAUUGAAAAAUAUAAAAAAUUGAUUUACAUAAAAGCAAAAGCAGCUUUCUGUGACCAAAAAGUUUAAAUAAAAUAGGAAACUAAAUUCGAGAUUUAUUAACUACCGGCGUAACUAGCUGGCGGUGCGCCAGUCACGAGCGGCAGAUUGCAGCGACGAAAAGGAAAACAGUUAUAUAUGAUACUCUGGCAUUCUUCCAUUUUCCAAACGGUGUUUUAACGUAAUAUAUGCAGCAACAACAGCAAUAAACCACAACUACAACUUACAUUAAAAUCGGGUUGAACAAAAUAUAUAAUUGUGAUAACGGUAUAAUCAGCAAAAGCGUAACAAAUAAACAAACAAACAGUGCUUAUAGUGGCGUAAGGGCGCAUGCGCGCUAACAACAAUUGGCAACGCCAACGUCUGAUGCCAAUGCGUUUGACCAAUAAAUUGCUCCAGCGCUGUGUGAAUAUUAUUAUGGCCAGGCGAUCGACGUCUAUGCAAAGUGAGAAAAAAUGCAUUAUCAACGAGGAAGACGAAGAUGAAAAUCAGCGACAAUUAAAAUUGUAUUGUGUAAAAUAUUGCAACAAUAUGGUGACCUAAAUACGCGGUACACGAGGAAAAAAGUAAAAGCCAUAAAUAAAUCACUAAAAAUAUAUUUAACAAAAAAUAUAAAAAAAAAUACAACAAAAAUAAAAAUAAAAAUUUGCAUGCUUAAAAUAAGCGACUUGAAAAAAGUGUAUUUUCCAAAAUUUCAGAGUCAGCAAGAGUAAAUUUCCAGUUCAAGAAAUCGAGUUUCGAAAAAAGUAAAAGUUAAUUGCAUUGAUUUAUUUUGCAUACAAUCAAUAAGUUAAACGACAAAAGAUAAAUUGCGUGCAUUAUAACUGUACAUGUAAAUACACAAGUUCAUAACAUACAUACGUACAUACAUACAUCAGCAUAUAUAAAGUGAGAAACGAGUAUUGUGUAGCACAAGGUGUCAAUAAUAAAUUAUCAUUUUGUCAAUUCAAAAAAUUAAAAACCUGCUAGCGGAUUCCCGAACACUUUCCAACAAAACCAAAAAAAAAAACAAAAAAAUACAACAACAAGCGGGUCAACAAAACUGCGUGACUUUUGGCAGCGCGAAAGCAAGAAGAAUAGGAUUUAAACACUUUAAUACCGAUCAAAGCGGUGACGUCUCCACUACGCGCUUCCAGUUUUUGUAUCGAGGACUCUGUCGCACAGUUAAUACGACUUAAGCGCCUCUCCCGCCCCACAGCCAAAGUCAAGCGCAACUGAAGCGUCUUUCGAACCUUCACAAUUUUGUGUAAAAAUUUCCACAUUUACGCGCGUUCGGUUGUCGGCGAGCGUUAUUGGCUUAACGCCGCUUAUUUAUCUCGUUCAUGCGAAGGAAUUUACGCGUGUAUUGGAGGGCCCUAGCGCUGCUGGGUGCCCUCCUUUCGAUAAUCAUUGAUUGGCCGGGCAUGAUGGUGUGUGCGCUGCCAGUGACGCUACUGCAGCCAACAACAACAACAACAACAGCAAGAACAAGUGCAGCAACAUUGCAACAGCAGCACGCUCUUACAAUGGAUAAAUUAUUGGCGGCGAAUGCGACUUACGGCGCGAGCGCUGCGCUCCAAAAUGCAACAAACACCUACCGCAGCGCUGACAAUGCAGUUCUGGCGGAUGGCGUGCCAGUGAAGGGAAAUUUCACAUUAAACAUUAAUUUAAAUACAAAUCGAAAUAGUAGCCAUAGUAGUCGCUAUAGUGAAAGUGAGCCGGAGCAAGAGCAGACGAAGCAGGAAGCGGAGCACGCGACGGCGGAACUGUCAAAAAGUCGUCAAGCGAAAAACGCCACCACCAUUAUGGGCGCUAAUGCGAACAGCAAACGCGCAGGUGGCAGCGAAAGCAUACGUCAAGCGGGCGCUGAUCAAGCGCGUGUGCAAUAUGCUUCGCCAACAUCCAGCGACGAUCAGUUGCACAAUGCGCAGCGCAUUAAAAUGCUGAAUUUGAUAUCGAACAAGCGUAAGCGUAAAAAACUCAGCAACAGCGCGCAGGCGCAUGAGCUGGAUGGCAGCAGCAGCAGCAGUCGCGCAAACACAGAUCAGCCGGCGGAAACAACAGUUACCGGCGACGAUCAUCAUACUACCACAACAACCACCGCCACAACACCACUUAGUUUUAGUGCAAAUAGUAUUAGCAAUAAAUAUUUAAUUACAAUUAAUAGAAAUUCUAAUGAAAAUCAACAAAUGGCCACAGCGCCAAAACGAACGUUAAACAAACUCGAAACUACUACUACUACAACAACGACAACAGCAACACCUAGCAAUGCUAAUAAUAACAUUGCUAAUCGUUAUGUUAAUUACAUUGAAGAGCAAGUGCAAGCCACCAUCGAUGAUGCGCCCGAUGAUGAGGCGGCGUCGUUAUUUAGUAAUAUGCUCACCAGCACAAGCGCGAACGAUUAUGAGGAUCAGUAUGAGAGCGCCAGCCGCUCCAGCAUAGCCUACUCCUAUACAACAGCGUCGCCCGACAAUGAUGACGCACUGCUGAGCGCAGCAGCAGCAGUAGCGGCGCCGCAAUCUCCCUCCUUCACAUUCGCCUCAGCGCAUCACACCGCCAUACUGUUGUCGCGCACGGAGCGCAGUGUGAGCCAACCAGCGCCGGCAGCGGCGCAGGCGGAGGUCAGCGCGAGUAAGCGCGCUGUACGCCAUCAUGGCAGCGCCAAUAAUGGCGGCAUAGUGCGACGUUCCUCUGACGGUAGUCCGAAAUCGAGAAGACUGAACAAUUUUAGAAAUUUAAAUGGCAGCAGGCACGCGCCAAACAAUUUGGAUCGCAACGAGCGCUCGACCAUCUCAAACUUGUCGGGUUUGUCGCGCAAAAUCCAGAUCUACAUCAAGAAUCGCUUCAUACAAUUGCUGCCGGACGGUACGGUGAAUGGUACGCAGGACGAACAAAGUGAUUACACCAUACUGCAACGUUCGACUGUCGAUGUGGGACGCAUCAAAAUCCAAGGCGUUGCCACCUGCCUGUAUUUGUGCAUGGAUGCAUGUGGCGCUGUUUAUGGCUCGCAUGAAUUCACCGACGAUUGUGUGUUCAACGAGAACAUGGAGCAGCACAACUACAACACCUAUUCAUCCACUUACAAUUCAAAUGCGCGGCGCAUCUACUACUUGGCGCUGAAUCGGCACGGCGAGCCGCGUAAGCUGCAAAUACCGCCAACCCGCUCGCUUGGCAAACUAGCCACCUAUACGAACGCCAUCACCGAAACGGUGGAGGAUGUACGCGUCGAACAGCUGAUAGCGAAGAAUUUCGGCGAGAAUCGCAUUAAGCACGGCAUACGCCAACUCUGUGAUACGGGCAAACCAUUGGUCGACCUGAUCGAUAGCAAACACUUCAAAGCGCUCCCCAAGUGCAAUCCAAAUUCUAGUAAUAACAAUAGCGGUAGCAAUAGUAAUAGUAGUAGUAGUAGCAAAAAGAGUAGCAGCAGCAGCAGCAGCAGCAGAAGUAGUCUUAUAGGUAGUGAUAGUAAUAGUCCUAGCGGUAGUAGUAGUAUUAGCGGCCAAACAAUGAACAACGUUCCUGCUGCCAAUGAAAGAGGCGAGUCACAAAGCAGCGCAGUCACAAAUAGCCAUAGUAACCACAACAGUCGGGGUGGCCAGCGGGGCGCCAACACGUCCAAUAGCUCGAGUAGUAGUAUUAGCAAUAGUCCGAUGGCGAGUUAUGACAGCCAUACUAGCGGUAAUAGUAGUCAGAGUGCGCCCAGCCAUCAAAAUCACAAUGGUGGCGGCGGUAAGAAGAAGAAGAAGCGGCGAAAGUGCCGGCCGCACGAGAACGAGGAGGAGCACAAUUGCCAAAUGACUCCGCUAGCGCUACGCAAGCUCAAUAAUAAGAAGUGUCGAGAGCUGCAACAGCAGAGAAGGCAGCUUAAAGCGAAGGGCGAGGAAGUACCCCUUCUGCCACUGCCGGCGGAAUGUAAGAAGAAGAAGAAUGGUGGCGGCGGUGGCGGUGGCGUUAAGAAAAAUCGUCAAAAUCAAAACCAAAAUGCUAAUAACCGCAAUAGCGUUGGCGGCGAAGGCGCAAAUAACCGACGCGGCAAGAAGUUGAAUGCGAAUGGCCGGCAAGCAGGUGGCGGUGCCAUGGGCAAUCGCAAUGGCGGCGCAAACCGUAAGAAAGGACGUAAUGGUGGCGUGCAUGCGCAAAAGAAACUUAAAAAGCAGUCACCAGCCAAAAGUGCAAGUACUACCAGCACGACGCAAGCGACCAGCAGCAGUACGCUUACGACGGCGGCAACUACGACUACAACGCGUCAGCAUACCGAUAGCACGACAAUAGCGACGGCGCUGUCAAUGACGCCCACCACCACCGAACUUAGCAGCGCGGAAGUAGAAGAGAGUCUAGACCCGCGCGCUGAGGCGACAAGCGUGCGCGGCGAACGUGAGCGCGAACAACGCAAUGUACGCUACACCAACUCAAUGGAGGAUGAUGCGCUACAGGCGAGCGCGGCGGCGGCGGCGAUAGCUGAUAAUGGUAAUUCGCGCGAGGACUCAACGGAAGCGGAAGCCAGCGAGGAGGAAGAACACGUCGAGGACGUAGUCGGCCAGCUCAGUAGCGCGUCAGAUGAAGAUGACGCCGACGACGACGCUGACGAUAUGUACGACGAAAGUGAGGAGAGCGCGGCGGCAAUGCCGCCUGCUUCAUCGGCGGCUGCAACACUGGCAACGAGCGGUGGCAAAGCGGCAUUGACGCGUGCGCAACUACUCGGCGAUGCAGACGAUUUUCUAUACUACGAUCAAUUGGAUUUCCUGCCAAUUGGUCUAUGGAAAUUAUUUGCGUUGUACUGGCUGACACACUGGGCGCUACGGCGACGCACGUAACGGUUAUUGGCCAAAAUUAUAAUAACAAUUGGACAAGCUAAAAUAUAUAGAGCAACGAAAUUCUAAAUUUACACAUUCACCCAGCAAACACGUUCAUAAGUAGCGGAAUUGUUGCUAUUGUAGUGCUAACGUAUGUUGUACCGAUUACCCGCUACCCAUUUGCCAUGUCAUCAGUUACGCGUAUGUUCUUGUAUUCAUUGAAGUUACUACAAUUUAUGAUUACUCAAAGAAACAUAAAACAAAUUAGUCUACUUUGCAUUAAGAAAUUUAAAAGCUUGAGAAAUUUAGAAAAAAGUAAUCUCAUGCCAUUUAAAAUAAAAGCUCCCACAUUUUCUAUAAAGUUUUCGUAAUUUUUUUUAGCCAAAUUCGAAAAGCACGAAAAUGUAAGCGAUGCUAACGGUGAAUUUACAAAACGAGCGUUUUAAAUUUAGCAUAAAAAAUAUUCAUAAAUACGCUAUACUUACCACAUGGUACACAUGAAGAAAUAAUAGUAAAUUUAAAAAAUAGUAAUAAUUGAAAAUAUAUUUAAAUUAAAAAAAAUUAGAAUACAAAAUAAUUAGAAAUUACUUUUUAAAUAAAAUAUUUUUAAACUUAAUCUUAUAUAUGAUGGUUCCUGCAUAUUAAAAUACAAAAAAAAGUAAAUAUACCGCUACUUUAAUUUGCUACUUAGCCAUAGCUUCAUUGUCUUAAGCAUUUUGUAAAUAUUUCAUACUCACAUAUAUAUUAAGCAACCGUUAGAUAAGCGCUAAAUAAUUACUUAAUCAAUAUUUCAUAAACCUUCUAGUGUUAAAAUAAAAUUAAUAAUAUUAUUUGCGAAGAAGAAAUUUUUUUUACGCAAAAAUGUUGCUGAAGAUGUCUAAAGGUGGUGAUUCAUUUCGAGGUUCUCUACUUUUUUAAAGAAAAACCAGAGAAACUUUAAACUUAAUGAGAAAUGUUUAUUAUCAUUUAAAAGAACAUUCUUUGGUAUUUAUUUUAUGAAGAUUAUCACUUUUAAAUGUUGGCCGCGCGACUACGUCUCAGGUGGCCCAUCCGUUGAGUCCAGUUUUCGACGACUCGUUCGAGCAUUUCGACUUUUAAAUGACGAAUGACACGCGUGAUGUUUUGCUCCAAGGCCUGAAUCGUAGCGUGAUUGUCCGCUUAGACUUAAGACUUUGCAUAUCACCACAGGAAAAAGUCGAACAGAGUGAUAUCACACGAUCUUGGAGGCCAAUCGAUCGGCCUAAAACGUUAAACUAUCUGCUCACCGAAGUGUUCUCUCAAUAAAUCCACUGACUUACACGUUUUGUGGGAAGUGGUGCCGCCUUGUUGAAACCAAAUGUCGCCCAGAUCGUGAGCUUCAAUUUCAGGAAUCAAAUAGUCGGUUAUGAUGACGCGAUGACAAUCGCCAUUGACGGUCAUUUUUGAAGAAAUAUGGACCGAUGAUUCCACUGGCCUGCAAACCACACCAAACCGUUGUUUUUUCUGAACCUUUUCUUCUAAUAAAAAAAUAAAAUAAAUUUCUUCUUCGCACUUAGCAACAUACAUACUAUAUAUGUAUGUAUGUAUAUCGACAAACACGUAAAUUAGUAGAAAAUAAUAUUUAUUGUAAUUAAGCAAGCGAAAUAAUCAAAAUUCAACCAUAAACAACAAGCAUUAGUGUGUAGCGAUAGUCUUAAGUAGAAUUACCAAAACUACACAAUUAAACAUAAAUCCUUCAAAAACAUCCAACAAUUAACAUACAAACAUUUCUAGGCAUAUAAAUUUAGAUAUAAAUAUCAUUUCCUAUUUAUAAGUAGCCGCGAAAUGUAUAAUUGAAUUGAUUGUUUAAUUAAAACUAAAUUAAGACUGAAGCAACAAUCACUGCAACGAAUAUAUGCAAAUGAUUUCGAAAAUAUAUAUACAAAUCAACAAAACAAAAAAAUACGAAAAAUACAAAAAUAAAAAACAAUAAAAACAAAUAAACCCGCAUUUCUUUUCAUUCACCUUUGGAAUUUCGAAUUAAUUUUUCAACAUUUACACAUUUCUGAAGUGAUUUUCUAUGGCAAUCGAUGGGCUGAAUGUGGAAUUCGUUUAUUUACUUACAAGUGAAAUGAAGUGAAUUGUAACGAAUCGGCAAAAUAUUUCACUUGCACCUCAUCAAUGUUUGCUGGACUUAAAAGACCAGAACUUGUUGGUCUGUUUUUAUUUUUGUAGGUAGCAGAUUUAGCAAAUGACGUGCAUGUCAGAAUUAAUUGGCCCACAUAAGCGUCUCAGCUGAGUUCAAAUCACGGUACUCGAUAUUCGAUACAAGUGAUUUACGGUAUGAUUG